AUGACCGUCUUCCGACCCGCUGUACUCUCUGCGUCUCUCGGUCGCGCCUGGGUUCAUGACUUUGACAAGAAAGCCGCCGAGGCAGCAAAGUGCGGCUUCGAAGGCAUCGAGAUCUUCUACGAGGAUCUUGAAUACGUCGCCAAGAAGCUCCACAAUGUCGAUCAGCCUGCAACGGAGCACCUCCUUGCCGCCGCAUCCCAUGUCCACGAUGUUCUUGGAGAUCUGAAGAUAACAAUCAUUGGGCUGCAGCCGUUCCUAUUCUACGAGGGUCUUUUGGACAGAGAUCAACAUGCCCGCCUCAUCGAGAAGAUCAAGCUCUGGUUCAAGAUGGCAAAGACCUUGGGGACGAACACCAUCCAGAUCCCCGCCAACUUCCUUCCCGCCGACCAGCUCACUGGCGACAUGGACGUCAUCGUUGCUGAUUUAGUCGAACUCGCAGACCUAGGGCUCAAAGAAGACCCGCCAAUCCGUUUUGCGUACGAGAGCUUAUGCUGGAGCACCCACAUCGACACAUGGGAGAAGUCCUGGGAGGUUGCCACGCGUGUUGACCGCCCAAAUUUCGGCCUUUGCCUCGACACCUUCAACAUCGCCGGCCGAGUCUGGGGAGACCCGGCAUCUCCGUCCGGGAAGACCCUCAACGCAGACGCAGACCUGAAGGCAUCGAUGGAGAGAUUGGUGCAAAGUGUCGACUUGGAAAAGGUAUUUUACAUACAGGUUGUUGACGCCGAGCGGAUGGAACAGCCUCUCGUAGAGGGCCACCCUUUCCACGUGGACGGGAAUCCGCCGAGGAUGAUGUGGUCCAGGAAUGCGAGAACGUACAUGUAUGAGACGGAUCGCGGGGCUUACUUGCCGGUUGAGGAGGUUGCUCGGACGUUGAUUGAAGGGCUCGGGUAUAAGGGGUGGGUCUCGAUGGAACUAUUCUCGCGAACUAUGGCGGAGGAGCACAAGAAGGUGCCCGAAGAGCAUGCGCGGAGAGGCAUCGAAGCUUGGAAGAAGCUCGUACAGCGUUUGCAACUGAAUUGA